UUCAAAGCCCUCCCAGACCCCUCCUGUGGGUAUGAGUGUGCUGAAGUUCGGGGCAGCAUGGACAUUCCUCAGCCAUAAAGUUAGCUUGGGUUAAAACCUAAAACGCAGCCUAAUUGGCCAGUGGCCCUUUCUAGCGAAUAAGGAGGUUUCUGUUUUAAGAAAUAAAGUGACUCCUUGGCUGUUGAUUCACAGCCCACAGGGAGAUUUCUGAUCUGAGGCUUCCUAGCCUCUGUAGAAAUUUGCAUACAGCCUCCACUUCCUGCUUCGGAGCCGGUUCAACUGCUUACCUGGGCCUGGAGAGGGUGGAGGGAGGCCGGCGCGACCCGAGGGAGUGACCUGAGAAGCCGGGAGCACGACCACCCAGUUGGCCCGUCUGUCUGUCCGCGGUGGUUUUAAGAAACUAGAAUGAACCGAAGCAUUCCUGUGGAGGUUGAUGAGUCAGAACCAUACCCAAGUCAGUUACCAAACCCAGAAUAUUGCCUGGAAGAGGAAUCAGAACCACCUGCUCCAAAUAUAAGGAACAUGGCACCCAACAGCAUGUCUGUACUACAAGCCCCUCACUAUUCCUCAGGAAAUUUUUCUCAGGCUCAUCCACCCCUGAAACUUUCAAAUCACCAGCGGCCUGUGUCCCAACAGGUCAUCUGUCUGCGCACUAAAGUCCUGGAGGAGAGUGAAGAUAGCUUCUGGAGGAGACACCCAGACCCCGGCAAACAUUUUCCCUUGGGCUUUUCUGCAGCCAGCGAGCCUGAGCCUGAGUCUGUGGUUGGAGCCCUUCCCCCGGAACAUCAGUUUUCGUUUAUAGAAAAACGUAAUCAAUGGCUGGGAUCUCAAAUUUCAGCAGCUUCUCCUGACACUGGCAAUGAUUCAGACAAAUCAGACCAAAGCUUACCUAAUGCCUCAGCAGACUCCUCAGGCCAAGGCCAAGAGACAGUGCAACAGCUCCCACCCCACAGAAACCGAGCAGCCCCAGAUCUGCCCACGAUAGACACGGGUUAUGACUCCCAGCCACAGGAUGUCCUGGGCAUCAGGCAGCUGGAAAGGCCCCUGCCCCUCACCUCUGUGUGCUUCCCUCAGGAUCUCCCCAGACCUCUCAUGUCCAGGGAGUACUAUCAGUUUGAACCUCAGAGGGAUCCAGCAUGUGCACAGGUGCUGCCUCCCAACACUUCGCCACAUGCUCAGUGGAACUAUCAUUACCAUUGUCCUGGAGGUCCCAAUCACCAGGUGCCAUAUGGCCAUGACUAUCCUCGAGCAGCCUAUCAGCAAGUGAUCCAGCCAGCUCUGCCGAGGCAGCCCCUACCUGGAGUCAGUGUGAGAGGCCUGCACCCUGUGCAGAAGGUCAUCCUGACUCAUCCCAGCCCCUGGGAACAAGAAGAGAGGCCCGCACAAAUGGACUGCUCCCCAGGAGUCCCAAGGGACCAGCUGCAUAACCAGCCACCUAAUAGAGCUGGAGCUCCUGAGGAGUCCUUCGAGUGUCCUGCAGAAUUGAGGCAACAGGGUCCUCAGGCUCUGUCUGCAGCAGCUAUUCCUCGACCCCCAAGUAACCCUCCAGCCAGAGGAACUCUGAAAACAAGCAAUUUGCCAGAGGAAUUGCGGAAAGUCUUUAUCACUUAUUCUAUGGACACAGCCAUGGAGGUGGUGAAAUUCGUGAACUUUUUGUUGGUAAAUGGCUUCCAAACUGCAAUUGACUUAUUUGAGGAUAGAAUCCGAGGCAUUGAUAUCAUUAAAUGGAUGGAACGCUACCUUAGGGAUAAGACAGUGAUGAUAAUCGUAGCAAUCAGUCCCAAAUACAAACAGGAUGUGGAGGGCGCUGAGUCGCAGCUGGACGAGGAUGAGCACGGCUUACAUACUAAGUACAUUCAUCGAAUGAUGCAGAUUGAGUUCAUAAAACAAGGAAGCAUGAAUUUCAGAUUCAUUCCUGUGCUCUUCCCAAACGCUAAGAAGGAGCAUGUGCCCACUUGGCUUCAGAACACUCACGUCUACAGCUGGCCCAAGAAUAAGAAAAACAUCCUGCUGCGGCUGCUUCGGGAAGAAGAGUACGUAGCUCCUCCCCGGGGGCCUCUGCCCACCCUUCAGGUGGUGCCCUUGUGACACCUUCCACGCCGGGUCAACGGGGCCCCUUCAGACAAGAACAAAAUCCCUGUCUCACCAGCAUUCUUGUAGCUGAGGCUGGUUGACAGCAUUCAUGGUUGUUUGUUCUCAGUCCUUCCCUAAGGGCCCUCUGACCCCAGAAAAUCCGUUGUGCAGAGUACACUUCCUUCUGAGAUCUAACAGGCCCUGUGUUAGAAAUGGAGGAUGCCGGGCUUGCUCUGUUUUCCCUGCCUCUGAAACCCUCUGCAGUCUCAACAUGUCUGUCUGGACCUCUCAGUGCUUAGCAAGUAGAUAAUAUACGUGAUGUUACAAUAAAUGUAAACCACCAUGCAUGCUGCCCUCGCUUAAGGUGACUUUUAUGAGUUAGCCAGAUGCUUUCGUGUACUCAUACCAAAUGGAUUCAUGGACAAAUAAUAAAAUGUUUACUUUUUUGUAAGAUUGUG